AUAAUAAAACGGGCGGUAGCGCGACUGCGAACUACAAUUACACAUCCUGGAUUUAGGAGACGUUCACAGACUCUCUGUUUGACAGCAAGUCGAAAAAUCAUAGGAGAGGCAACUUGGCUGUAUUAUACUGAACCGUUUGGGAUAAGAGGACAAUAUAAUUAUGGGAGACAGCGUUUGCAACGGGACGCACGGACAAAAGGCGCUGAAGUCAGACGCUCACCUGUUUGAAGCCCAGUUUGACGAGCUGGUGGCGGACCUGGCAGAGAGAGACCUCGUCGAUCCUGCUCUGGCUGAUGCCCUGACCAGGCUGAGAGAGGUUUUGGUGUACAAUGCCCCUGGAGGCAAGAGGAACAGAGGCCUGUCUGUGAUUGGCUCUUUGCGGGAGCUUCUACCUCCCUCUCAGCUCACCCAGGACACCGUGCAGCGGGCUCUGUUGGUUGGCUGGUGCAUUGAAUUGCUUCAGGCUUUUUUCCUCGUGGCUGACGAUAUCAUGGAUGCAUCUGUGACUCGGAGAGGACAACCCUGUUGGUACAAGAAGGAUGCAAUAGGUAUGGAUGCCAUCAAUGAUUCAUUUCUCCUGGAAGGGUCAAUCUACAGACUACUUCGUAGAAACUGCAGGAAUCAGCCCUACUAUGUUCAUCUACUCGAGCUGUUUACUGAGACAUCUUUCCAGACAGAGCUCGGUCAAGCUCUGGACCUCAUGACGGCUCCCCCUGGUCAUAUUGACCUCAACAGAUUCACCAUGGAGAGGUAUAAAGCUAUCGUAAAAUAUAAGACUGCCUUCUACUCCUUUUACCUCCCAGUGGCUGCAGCAAUGUACAUGGCUGGAAUUGUGAGUGAGGAAGAACACAAUAAUGCCAAACACAUCUUACUUGAAAUGGGAGAGUUCUUCCAAAUACAGGAUGACUACCUAGACUGUUACGGAGACCCUGCUGUGACAGGAAAGAUUGGUACAGACAUCCAGGAUAACAAAUGCAGCUGGCUGGUAGUGAAAGCCAUGGAAAUAAUGAAUCCUGAACAGAGAGCAGAGCUUGAGGCAUGUUACGGGCGCCAUGAAGAUGCCAGUGUAGAAAAGGUCAAAGCUCUGUACAACACCCUGCAAAUGCCAACAGUGUACCACAACUACGAAGACGAGAGCUACCAGCGGCUACAGAAACUCAUCGCCUGCCAUGCUCAAAACCUUCCUCACUCAGUUUUCCUCAACUUUGCCAAGAAAAUCUACAAGAGGAACAAGUGAGAAAGUAUGGUAGUCUCUGGAAGUUAAAUAAACUGUGUCAGCUACAUCAGCCUGGUUCCCCUUUUGACUUUUAUCACAACACACAGAUUAACUUUUCUCACCAGCUCUAGAGAUGUCAGGAGCGGGACAAAGCACUGACCACAGUAGCAUGAACUGAACAAGACUGUGAUAUUAAGAAAUUCUGCAGGCAGUUUUGUUUUUACUUAUAUAGUGACUUGUAGAUAUUUGGUUGUGAAUGUUAUCAGAUAGUCUGGCUAUUUUGCUCCUUAUCUAUUUAUUGAACCCAGCGCUUAAUGUACAGUCUCAUGUCUCUACUGAGGAGGAAUGAUGUUGGUAUGGAUUACGCACACAGAUUGAUUUAAAUAACUCAUAUUGUCUUAUGAAUGUAUGGCAAGAUGAUAAUACAAAUCAAAUUGUCAAACAAGUCUUGAUCCUGUAGUAAUAGAGUUAUUGGUUAGGGUUUAAAAAGGACAGAAUAUGUAUUAUGUAAGAUGCAUCCAGGCAAAGGACAGAAGAUCGGCUUUCUUAAUUCCAUAUAUUUUUAUAUUGCUGCUAUAAAGUCUGUACUGGCCUAAAUGCUCUUGCUUUUAAUAAAAAUACAUGACUCCUAA